AUGUGCCCGAUCGGCUCAUACCACUACACUUGCCAAGGUUUCGAGGGUUGCUGCCAGGUGAACCCUUGUGGCGAUGGCCGAUGUCUGGAUGAGUUCAACCCUUACUUGACUGCGACGGAGCUCCAGGCCCAGAAAACCAUCGCAUCUGUCGCUGCGCCGGUCUUGGUCUCUCCCACUGCAUCUUCGUCGAAGGCGACCUCUACUACCACUGACAAGAAGGUCCAGACUUCGACCUCCUCCGGAAGUCCGGCUACUACCUUCAGCACGCCCGAGCCCACCGAAACCGGAGGUAUUUGGCUCACUGACGAUGGCGGUUCUGUUUCUACUGUCACCUCCGACGAUCCCACUGGAACUCCAUUCUUCGUUUCUCCCUACACUUACACUUCAACUAUCCCCGUUGAGACCCAGGCCGUCGACGCUUCGGCUCCUGCCCUGGCGGUCAAGUCUGAUCAACAUGACCUCCCGGUCGCUGCGCAGGCUGGCAUCGCUGUCUCUGCCUUGGUCGUGAUCUGCAUGGUUAUUGCUGCCUACUUUCUCUGCACCAAGCAGAGAAAGAAGCUCAGAAAUCGAGAGUCCAUCAGCUCCAUGAGCAGAGACGGACGCAAGCACAGUUCCGAGGGCGAGAUCAGCCAGCCGGCCAUGACUACCAAUUCGUUCUGCCCCGAGGAGGUCUUUUCCCCCUACGGAAGACGUUACGAAGAGCCUCAAACCCGCUUCAACCGAGUCAAUGAUCAGAGUGCCAGCCGAAUGAUGAAUCACCCGGUCAGUCUCGAUACCCGCGAGUCGAUGUCUACGCGGAUGCCGGCGGUGCCGCCGACGCCUUCUCCUGCGAUGUUUCCCGGCACAUUCAGAGCUACCACGGCCAGUCCUGACUUCUUGUCUCGCACCACGACCGCAACUCCCGAUCUGGGCUAUCGCACGGCCAAUUCCACUCCUGACUUCACGUCCCGUAUGACGACCCCAGACUACAUGUCUCGGCUGGGCACUGCCACCCCUGAGCUCCAUGGCCCCCCUCAGCAAGCAGCCAUUGCUGAGCUGGCCUCUCCUGGUCUGCCGAAGGUUGUCGAGAUCCAUAGCAGUCGCAGCGGCUUACAGAAGUACAAGCCGUACUGCCCGAACGGCGGCUCACUCUACCCUGUUGCGGAGACCACUCCCAGCUACCUCACCGGUACUCUGAACGCCACGGAGCAUGAGUGUUCGCAGGGCAGAUAUGUGACUAGUUGGUCAAAGUGGGAUUCUCCUACCUGA